GUGACCAAACCGGUCCAUCCAGAGUUUAAAAUUCUUUUUGAGUUGCCACAUACCUAGUACCCAACAAAUCAUCCUCAGUGACAUCUACACAAGAAACGGUGCACAACCUAGACGUUCCCCAGGGCAAGCGUAUUAGGUGCGAGUUUGUGCAGCGUAUUGCCUGAUCGUCCAGUCGACAAUGCGUAUUCUAGCCACUCAAGAACCACGGAGGGAGAUGGUCAUGUGGAAUUUUUCAUGUAAGAAGAAGAUAGGAACAGCUUCGACGGCUCUAAUCAUCCUUACCUUCGUUCUACUGUAUCACAAUCUUGGAAUAAGUCGACAAGGAACGGCGAGAUCGUCUUCUGCAGACACAAAUCUUCGCGGGGUGGAUGCGAUACAAGACGAUUCAGAUGUCAGAGUCACAAAAGAAUGGAGAGACGAUGCCGUAAUCAACGAAGCCGCAGUUGAAAAUCGUGUUUUAAAUGCACAUGGCGGCACCAAUGGUUUCAAUCCACAGUGCAAGAUGAAGAAAAGUAUUGCAUUUAUGAAGGUGCAAAAGGCAGGGUCUCAAACCACAGCCUGUAUUCUGCAGAGGUUCGGCUACGAACACGGACUGAACUUCGUACUGCCUAAGAAAUGUUUAAGUGUGAAAUUAGGAUUCCCGGAAGGCAUGACCAACAAAAUACUGAUGAAGCAGAACGUGGAUGAGUACAACCUGCUGGUAUAUCACACUGUGUACGACAGGGUCAAGUUACACAAGCUCAUGGCGCCGGAUACACAGUUCAUCGCCAUUCUCCGGGAACCGUUCAGUCAUCUCAAGUCGUGUUUCUUCUACUUCCACAGGGACAAAAGGUUUGCCUUGCUGACCGAAAAAAACCCUUUGGGAAAAUAUCUGGACAACCCCUGGCUGUAUGAAGGUUCGAAAAAGGCGAAGAAGAAACCGGUAUCAAUGACCAAAAACCUUCAAUCUUAUGUCUUAGGGUGGAAGGACCGCUUCAACCAAGACAGAGAAGAAGUGAGAAAGUUCAUCUCCCAACUCGACAGUGACUUUCCCCUGAUCCUCAUCCUGGAGUACUUCGACGCGUCGCUAGUCUUACUCCGACGCCUGAUGUGUUGGUCGUUCUACAACAUUCUGUACGACAGACAGCCCAGGAAUGAACAAAAGUACUCUAAGCCACAAUCGAUGUACACGGAACAACAACUCCAGAACCACCGGAACUCGAGCUGGGUCGACUAUCAGCUGUACGAUCACUUCAACAGAAGUCUGUGGAGUAAGAUACGGGCAGCAGGGCCGGACUUUCAAGACGAGCUGGAAGCUUUUCAACAGUUAAACGACGACGUCAACAGUUACUGUGCAGGAAAACCCAAGAAGAAGAAAACUUUUCCAGGAUCCAAGUGGAACGGACCGGUGGAAAUUAAACCUCAGUUCUGCGAGGAUCUGAAAAAGGAACGCUUCCAAUGGGAUAUUAAAAUCUGCUACCGCGCUCACGCGUAUGGCAAGGACACGAUGCUUGCAAACGAAGCAAGGUUUCAGAAGUAUAAGGAAAACAGAGAAAACACUGUUACCACAGCUACGAAAGCGAAGGGGACACAAAGAAAGUCUGAUCAAAUCCUGAACGAUUUAAAGAAGCGUUUCCCUGGAGUGGACCUGAGCGCAGUGAUGAAGAAAAGUGACAUUCCUGUAUCUAAGGUAGUCAUGGCGAUAAAACAGGGCCAGUACACGGUAGACGGAGCAGCACAGAGGCUGAAAACUCUUAUACAAAAUACGAAACAGUAGUGUAAGAGACUUGUUACAUCAAUGGAGGCCGAUUAUACCUAUCUUCUCACUCUGAUUUGUUUUGUAAGAAAGUUCACUUGAAUAAAUGAUAUCUGGUACAUGA